UUUGCGUGGUGGGGGGGGGGGAGUGAUGCGAUGGCGAAAAGGUCGCCUCCGCUUGUCGCCGCCCGGGAGUGAGUGAGCCGUCAGGCGGCGGGGCCCGCGAACACGGGCCGGCAGGAGACAGGCUCUGCCAGGUAAACUGUUCAUCUGAAACAAUGGAGUCAAUGCUAAAUAAACUGAAGAGUACUGUUACUAAGGUAACAGCAGAUGUUACCAGUGCAGUCAUGGGAAACCCUGUCACAAGGGAGUUUGAAGUUGGGAGGCACAUAGCAAGUGCUGGGCCAGGAAUGACCUGGAAGGUCUUUCAUGGUGUGAAGAAGUCAACCAAACAGGAGGUAGCUGUAUUUGUUUUUGAUAAAAAAUUAAUUGAGAAAUAUCAAAAAUUUGAAAAGGAUCUCAUCAUUGAUUUACUGAAAAAAGGUGUGCAACAGCUCACCAGGCUGAGACACCCACGCCUACUGACAGUGCAGCAUCCUUUAGAGGAGUCGAGAGAUUGUUUAGCCUUUUGCACGGAGCCUGUUUUUGCAAGUUUAGCCAAUGUCCUAGGUUGUUACGACCACCUACCAUGUCCUACACCUGCAGAAAUUAAAGAGCACCAGCUUUAUGAUGUGGAAAUCAAAUUCGGUUUGUUGCAGGUUUGCGAAGCCUUGUCCUUUUUACACAGCAGUGUGAAAAUGAUUCAUGGUAACCUGACACCAGAGAAUAUCAUUUUGAAUAAAAGUGGCGCCUGGAAAAUCAUGGGUUUUGACUUUUGCAUCUCUUCAUCUAAUCCCUCAGAGCAGGAGCUUACAUUUAGUUGCAAGGAAUGGGACCCAAAUCUUCCUCCUUUGUGCCUCCCUAACCCUGAAUAUGUUGCUCCAGAAUAUAUCUUAUCAGUGAGUUGUGAUCUGGCCAGUGAUAUGUAUUCAUUAGGAGCUGUCAUGUUUGCUGUGUUUAAUAAUGGCAAACCUAUCUUCGAGGUCAACAAGCAGGAUAUUUUCAAGAGUUUCAGCAGACAACUAGAUCAGCUCACCCGUUUAGGCCCCAAUAUACUGCAAAAAAUUCCUGAAGAGGUUCGGGAGCAUAUGAAAUUGUUGCUGAAUGUAACUCCCACUGUCAGACCAGAUGCUGACCAGCUCAGCAAGAUCCCAUUUUUUGAUGAUGUCGGUGCCAUGACACUUCAGUAUUUUGAUUCACUCUUUCAACGAGACAACCUCCAAAAAUCGCAGUUUUACAAAGGUCUGCCAAAAAUCUUGGCACAACUUCCAAAGCGAGUUGUAAUACAACGCAUUUUGCCAAGCUUGACUUCGGAAUUUGUGAAUCCGGAUAUGGUUCCUUUUGUCCUACCCAACGUCCUUCUUAUUGUUGAAGAGUGUACCAAAGAAGAGUAUGUCAAACUGAUUCUCCCUGACCUCGUUCCUGUUUUCCGGCUCCAGGAACCCAUUCAGGUUUUGCUGAUCUUCUUGCAAAAGAUGGAUUUGCUAUUGACUAAAACUCCACCAGAAGAUAUCAAGAACACAGUUUUACCCAUGAUAUACAGGGCCUUAGAAGCACCAUCAAUUCAGAUUCAGGAACUUUGUCUCAACAUAAUUCCCACAUUUGCGAACUUGAUAGAUUAUCCAUCCAUGAAGAAUGCUUUAAUACCACGUAUUAAGAGUGCUAGUUUACAGACCUCUUCCCUUGCAGUGCGUGUAAAUUCACUGGUUUGCCUCGGCAAACUCCUGGAGUACUUGGACAAGUGGUUUGUCCUGGAUGAGAUCUUUCCUUUCUUGCAGCAGAUUCCAUCCCGGGAGCCUGCAGUUCUCAUGGGAAUUUUAGGUAUCUACAAAUGUACUUUCAGCCACAAGAAGCUGGGAAUUACCAAAGAGCAGUUGGCUUCAAAAGUGCUCCCACACCUUAUACCCCUCAGCAUUGACAACAAUCUGAAUCUGAACCAGUUUAACUCCUUUAUGGGAGUGAUCAAGGAAAUGUUAAGUAAGUUGGAGACUGAGCAAAAGACCAAACUGGAACAGCUACACCACAUGCAAGAACAACAGAGAAGUUUGGAUCUACCUGGCCAGUUCAACAAAGUUACUGAAUCAAAGGAAAACCAAGACACUCAGAUCAGUAAGAUCUUCACAAGUUUCGGAGUGGAUGUAAGUGCAGGAGCUAAUAAGAAAGAGAAUGGAUCAGUCUCCAAUUCACAGAAGCAAGUCAAAACUUCCCUUACGUUGGAAGAGAAGCAGCGACUGGCCAAAGAGCAGGAACAGGCUCAGAAACUUCGAAGUCAGCAACCCCUUGCCCCAAAGUCUGUUCAAGUUUCAGCCCCAAGCAAACAGACCAAAGACCUGACAAGCAGUUUGUUAGAAAACAUGUCCUCCAUGAAUUCACUGUCUGUUAACACAUCCAAACACAGUCUGGCACAGACUAUGUCCUCGACUGGCUUCUCCUCACCCUCCCCAUUGAACAGCAGCAUGGGCUUCCCCAGUUCCAGCACCAGCCUGAAUGCUUUGGGAAGCAUGAGCAAUGGCAUGGGCUUCAAUGCCCCCAUGGCAUUUCAACCUACAUACGGCAGCAGUGUGACCAUGGCUGGCACAGGACAAAACCUCUAUGGUACCCGAAGUUCCACUGGCAUCCACAGAGUGCCGAUGUCAUCGGCAACCAUCUUGCCAACUUUUUCCAGCAUUGGCACGCUGGGACAGCCCGGGCCCGGUCCUGGGCCCAUUUCACAGCCGGGUAAAGCCAUGGACAUGUCAGCUUUGGACAACUUGCUGGGUCCUCAGAAGAACAGCAAGGUCACCUUGAACCAAAUGGCCCAGCCAGCGCAAAAGCCACUGCCUACAGCAUCCCAGAACCAGUGGCUGAAGCAGUUUGUCCCAGCCCAAGCUUCACCAGCCACAAACAGUCCAAUGGGAGGGACUCAGCCUAGUGUGAUGGGGCAGCCCAACUUCACGAUGUCCCCUCUACAGGCCAACCCAUUCAGGUCACCCCAGGACUUCUCACAGUCGAACCUGCCAACGAACUCUGUGCCGCCCAGCAGCUCAGCUAAUAAAGACCUGAAGGACCUAUUUGGCUAGUGUAUAUCCCCUCUUUUCUUGCAAGACCCUGUGAAGAGGAUCACUACCAAUUAAAAUGUUUUAGUUCCAUUUGGGUACCUUGUGCUUUUAUACGGAAAUUGGUUCCUGUUCCAUUUUUUGCUGCUGUGAAACCCAGAUGGCCUUACACAGUAAAAGCCACACAAUGCCUCAAAAACGUAGCAGUUUCCCGUAUGUCAUUAAGUGGUCUUAAGUAGCACAAGUUGUCUUUUUGGCAGGUGUUUGUUGUGAGAAGAAUGUCCACUUUAUACUUCCAUGCUGUGCUCUGUUUUAGUUCCAUUUGAUGAGCUUUCUGUCUGGGACCAGUUCUGCAGCCUUAAUGAAUGUACAGCAAUAUUGAGCAAUUAAUUUAUUCUACAUGUUGUUCCGGUGCUUGUACUGAGGUGGCACUGGCAGUUCAAAUUGCCACCUUUUUACAAACAAACCAAAAUCACCUUGGGGUGAAAGUCCAAUACGUUGCAGUGGAGCCUGUUUUUACCACUACUUUGUUGUUGUGCAAUAAGUCAAUGUGGCCGAUCAGAUGAAGGCAUCUUUCAAACUGCUGAGCCGCAUGUCAAACCCCUUGUAAAAUAUUCACUGCCAUUCUGUACUUCAGGGAUACAGAAGUGGACAGUCCAAAGUAAUUGAACAUGUCAACAUUCCUAUUAUUGAUUAGUUGCUAGAUACCCAAGUGUCUUCUGAAACUGUCUUUAGAUUAUUUUUAGGUAUUCUGUUUGAUUGUAAUGGUUUGGUGAAGAUAAAAUACAUUGUGUGCAUA